AUGUCCGAGUUGAAUAUUGACGCCGAGGCAUUCAAAGCCAGAGUGGAGCUGCUACAUGGCAAAUACAGGGAGUUUGAGAAUGAGCCAAACUCUAUGGUGUUUGCCUUGGGUUCCUCUAACCCUGAGAACCCUUACCAGAAGACUACAGCUUUGCAUUACUGGUUGAUGGGUUAUGAAUUCCCUGCGACUUUGAUUGUUUUCACUCCUGGUAAAGUGGUCAUCAUUACCAGUGGCCCAAAGGCCAAGCACUUGGAGAAAGUGGUGGAACUGUUCAAGAAUAACAACAACGGUGUCGAACUAGAGAUAUGGCAAAGAAAUAACAAGGAUGUAGAGCAUAGCCAGAAAUUGUUCAAAGAUAUAAUUGAACUAAUCAACACCGCAGGUAAGACUGUCGGUAUCCCAGAAAAAGAUGUUUACGAAGGUAAGUUCAUGAAAGAGUGGAAACCAAUUUGGGAUGCUGCCAUCAAAGAACAUGAAUUCAAAUUAGUUGACAUCUCUGCAGGUUUGUCUAGUACUUGGGAGGUCAAGGACGAUAAGGAGAAAGCUUAUAUUUCUAUUGCUAGUAAGUGUUCUGAUAGAUUCAUGAAUUUGUUAUCGGACGAAAUGGUUCGCGCUGUUGAUGAUGAACUAAAGAUUACCAACUCGAAAUUAUCAGACAAGAUUGAAAACAAGAUAGAUGACUUGAAAUUCUUGAAGAAAAUCACCAAUGACCUAAGUGCCAUGUGUCCUCCAAACCACAAGUUUACUCUUGAUCUAUUGGAUUGGACUUACUCUCCCAUCAUUCAAUCCGGUAACAAAUUCGAUCUGAGAGUAUCUGCACAUUCUAAUAACGAUCAGCUGCACGGCAACGGUUGUAUCUUGGCAUCAUGUGGUAUCCGUUACAAUAAUUACUGCUCUAACACAACUAGAACUUUCUUGAUCGAUCCUUCCGAAGAAAUGGUUAACAACUAUGUAUUUUUGCUAGAUUUGCAAAAACAUAUCAUCGAAAAUGAGCUAAAAGCAGGAAGAACCGGUAAGGAGGUUUACGAAUCUGUUGUCGAGUUCAUUAAGAAAGUUAGACCUGAGCUUGCUGGAAACUUCACAAAGAACAUUGGUUCUUUGAUCGGUUUAGAGUUCAGAGAUUCAUUCUUUGUUUUGAACAGCAAGAAUGAUAAGCGUAAAAUCCAAGUUGGUGAUUGUUUUAACAUCUCCUUUGGUUUCAAUGCAUUAAAGGAUAUGAAGACUAAUACCAAUUAUGCUCUUCAAUUAGCUGACACCGUUAUUUUGAAUGAAGAUGGUCCAAAGAUUCUGACUGAAUACACAAAGUCAAAAUCUCAAGUGUCUUUCUACUUCAACAAUGACGAAGUCGAAAAGGAGAAGAAACCAGCUGCAUCCACAAAGAUCCCAACAAACCUUGAUGGUAACUCUAAGAUUUUGAGAAGUAAGCUUCGUGGUGAUGCUCGUGGUGAAUCUCAAGACGCCCAAAAGGAACAGAUUAGAAAAGAGAAUCAAAGAAAGCUACAUGAGAAACUACAAAAGGAAGGUCUUUUAAGAUUUACAGCUGAAGACGCCACUACUGAGGGCUCCGAAACUCGCCAAUAUUUCAAGAAAUACGAAUCUUAUGUCAGAGAAAGCCAAAUUCCUAAUAAUGUUCGUGACUUGAGAAUCCAUGUUGAUUGGAGAAGUCAAACAAUUAUCGUUCCUAUUUAUGGUAGACCAGUUCCAUUCCAUAUUAACUCAUACAAGAAUGGUUCAAAGAAUGAAGAAGGAGAAUACACAUACUUACGUUUGAACUUUCACUCUCCUGGUUCAGCUGGUGGUAUCUCUAAAAAUGUUGUUGAACUGCCAUAUGACGAUUCACCAGAUAACCAAUUCAUGCGUUCUAUCACCCUAAGAUCCAAGGAUGGUGACCGUAUGAGUGAAACCUUCAAGCAGAUUACUGAUUUGAAGAAGGAAUCUACAAAGAGAGAGCAAGAACGUAAAGCACUUGCAGAUGUUGUUCAACAAGAUAAGUUGAUAGAGAAUAAGACUGGUAGAACAAAGAGACUGGAUCAAAUAUUUGUUAGACCAAGUCCUGACACUAAGAGAGUUCCAAGUACCGUGUUCAUUCACGAGAAUGGUAUCAGAUACCAAUCACCUUUGAGGACUGACAGUAGAAUUGAUAUCUUAUUCUCCAAUAUCAAGAACUUGAUCUUUCAAUCCUGUAAAGGUGAACUGAUUGUCAUCAUUCAUAUCCAUUUGAAGAAUCCUAUCAUGAUGGGUAAGAAAAAGAUACAAGAUGUUCAAUUCUAUCGUGAAGCAUCCGAUGUAUCUGUCGAUGAAACUGGUACAGGCAGACGUAACCAGAACAAGUUCAGAAAGUAUGGUGACGAGGACGAACUCGAGCAAGAGCAAGAAGAAAGAAGGAAGAGAGCUAUGCUGGAUAAGGAAUUCAAGUACUUCGCCGAUGCUAUUGCAGAGGCCUCCAACGGUCUGGUUUCCGUCGAGAGCACUUUCAGAGAUUUAGGUUUCCAAGGUGUGCCAAACAGAUCUGCAGUCUUCUGUAUGCCAACCACCGACUGCCUGGUCCAACUGAUCGAACCACCAUUCCUGGUAGUGAACCUAGAGGAGAUUGAAGUGGCGAUCCUCGAAAGAGUGCAGUUCGGUCUGAAGAACUUCGAUCUUGUCUUUGUAUACAAGGACUUCAAGAAACCCGUCACACAUAUAAACACGAUCCCAAUCGAAUCCCUAGACUUCCUGAAGCAGUGGCUCACAGACAUGGACAUCCCAUACGCCAUCUCCACAAUUAACCUGAAGUGGAGCACCAUUAUGCAGUCGCUGCAGGAAGACCCACACCAGUUCUUCCUGGACGGUGGUUGGUCUUUCUUGAACGCAAACUCUGACGAAGAGGGCUCUGACGAGAGUGAAGAAGAAAUCAGUGAGUAUGAAGCCUCCGAAGAAGAGCCAGAGGACGAGAGCGCAUACUCCGACGAAGACGACUACUCUGAAGAUAUAAGUGACGGCAGCUACAGCGGUGCUGACAGUGAGGAGGAAGAAGGAGAAGACUGGGACGAGCUGGAAAAGAAAGCCGCAAAGGCAGACCGUACCGCCGGCCUAAGAGACUAA